AUGACGUUUUCCACACUUGCCCUGGUUUUACUUACUUGCCUGGUGUUGGGCACCGAUGCAUUCACAGUUUCGUUCUACAAGAACACAAAUUGCGCCGGCGAAUUUCUCGGGACAUGGGUUGGGGGAGAGGGACAAGGUUGCCGGCACGAAUAUGCCGGCCUAGCUGAAGGCGUGGUUGUUGAGUCUACCGGUUCGGUCGAUGGCUCGACCAUGGCGCAAUUUGAUAGCUCAGAUGACAGCGCCCCAGGAACAGAGAUCAGUCGGGCUAACGCUGGAUGUAUCACGGUGGACCAAAGCGUCGUCGGAUCAUACAAGUCAUUCCAGGUUGUACCCAUCACCGCACCGGCAUCAUCAUCUUCUUUGUCCGCACGCCACUCUCCUAACCAGCGACGAUAUCCUUUCCCACUUUCGCCUGAGCCCAGGGCGACUCUGCCAACCCCACAAAUAUAUCACGGAAUGCAGGUAUCGUUCGACGGCGCCGAAUAUAAACUGCAUCAGAUCUAUGCCAAUGCAUACGUUGGCAUUCUACCUGAUGAGUGGGAUGACUCCAUCCACAUCAGGAACGAUACCAACUUGGCCUAUUACGAGCUUUUUCCAGGCCUCAUGAGCCGAGAAGUGGACGAGCGUGAUUUGGCCGAAGCUCUUUGCAAUACAUUCGCCUCAUGUGUCUCUACAGCAGUGUUUGAAUUCUUGCAACAACCUUUCUUCACCCAGGUCGCAAUCGAUACCGUUGCCGGGCUGGUUCCUGAGGCCGUCGGAGGCGUCGUUCAAGCUGUCGUAGGAGCGCAGGUGGCAGGCAACACCAACAAUGCCGCGGCUUGCUCUCAACAGAAUGACCAAAUCGACGCCCUUAUAUCGAUCAUCAGUUCUCAGAUAUCUGCCCUGUCGGCGGCGUCGGCAAAGAUCACUGCUCAAAAGAACGACGCCGGGGACGAGGUCUUCACUGUCACAGUGACCGUUACGGCGUGCGGCACGACCCUUGGAUCGGCAGCCUGCAGCGCCACCGGCGGGUUCUGUCCUUCAUAG